UCAUCAUCAUCAUCAUCAUCAACUGAAAGUAAGUUAGCUAAACUUCUUCAAAGAUCGACGAUUCAACAAUCUAAUAACAUCGAAAGUACUAUGGCUAAAAAUAAAACUGUUGAAUUAUUUAAGAACUUCAGAACUAUAUAUCCAAAAAAUACAAUUACAGAGAAAACUUCAAAUCCAUGUAUUAACAAAUCUAAUGAUAGUAUUUCGACGUGUAGUAUUAUUGCAUUAAAUACGGAAUCAAAAACAGAUAUUCCAGUUUCUCCAUCCGUUGCAACAACUUCUAGGAUUGUUGCAUCAAAUACUGAAGUUGGAAACAAUGCUUCAGUUUUUCUAUCCACUGGAUCGAUAUUUAAAACUAUAUCCAAUACUGAAUCUAAAGAUAACAUUUCAAUUUCUCUACCUGGAUCAACCAACAAUCUCCGAAAAUAUUAUGAAAUUCCUUUAAAAUCUGGUUCGACCAAUGAGUUUAAAACUAAUUCAUUAGCUAAGGGAUCUAUAAUAAUUAAUAAAUCCAAAACAGUACCUGCAUAUCUUUUACCAACUAAACCCCUAUCAACAUUCAAACGUAUUAUGCCAAAACCUUGGAAAAGCAAUGAA